UAUAUGUACUCGAAUGUGCAAACAAUAGUACAAACGCGGCCCAAAACCGAAUAAGUAAAGAGAAUCUCCCGUUUCGUGUCCGGGUUCAAGCGAGCGGACCCCCCCAGAUCGAGCGCCUGCCGAGUCAUCAAAUACCCAUCCCAUCAAACGAAGUGCGAUCGCGCUCGCCAAAAAAUUUGGAAAUCUCUGACAACCAAACAUCAUGCAUUGUCCAAGCGUAUAAGUCGUGUAACAAGAGUAUAGAAAUCCCAUUAAGUAUCCAGAGUGGUUAAAGAAGGCAGCAAAACGGCAAAAAUAAGUGAAUUCAGCUGCAAAUCUAUGAAUUUUGUAAGCCAGAAAACAUCACCCAUUGAGAUUUUAAUGCUGCCAAAUAGAUAGCAAUCAGCCCCAAACGAGAGCCAGAAUUGCGCGAGAAAGCAACCCAUUCCGAAUACAAGCCAAUUCCCAUUUUGAAGUCCCUCCAGUGCACGACGAGCAAGAGAGAAAGCCCUAAAAAUGGCCAAAUAUUUCAUUACCUUGGUGCUGCUGCUGUGCCUGGCCCUGGAAAACAAUAAUAUCUACAAUCGUCUGCACGCCCGGUCCCAUCCCAGCUCCCGCGGCGACAUCCUGCGCCCGCACCCAAAGCACCUGCCCCACCAGCAUGUCCAGCACACCUCGCAGCAGCUGCAGCAGCACCACAUCCGGCAGCAGCGAUCCAGAGAACUGAAACACGUGGAACCGGAUCCCACCAGCGAGGAAGAAGACGCGAAGAGGCAGUACUACACGAGGCUGAGGAGGCAUCAGCUCCAUCAGCGUGACCAUUUCCUGCAGCAGGAGAGGAGCUACAAUCACCCGGCGCUGGCGGAGCUGAAGAGCAUGCCCAUGGCUCGACUGUGGCAGCACCUGAGCAAGGACUAUGAGGAGGAGCUCCCCGUGCAGCACGCUGUCCUCGCAGAUGGCCUUAUGGACUAUUCGCACAUGUUCGGCGACGAUCCUAAUACGGCGGCCACUGCCCAAUACUCUGACGAGGAGUCGAACCUGAGUCCCUUGUUCUAUGUGAGGAAUGAACUCCGAGAUCAAGAGUUGGAGCUGAAGCAGCAGAAGCAGCAGAAGCAGAUGAAAAUAGACCAGGAGGAGAGCCAGGGACCAGAGCCAGCACCUCCAAUAGUGGCUGAACCAGCGCCAGAGACAGAGCCAUCUGAGCCCUCACUCAAUGCAACCAUCACUGCAAAGUCCUCCGGAGGCUGUCCCAAGUGCGAGAGCAAUCGUCAGGUGGAGCACAUCACCGAAGAGGAGCUCACACAUCUGCGCAUCGAGUUCGUCAAGCAGCAGAUCCUGGAGAAGCUGCGUCUCAAGGAGAGUCCAAACGUGUCCGCCGUGGAGCUGCCGAAACCCAUAUUCGAGGGAGUGACGCUCAAUCAUCCAGAUGAUAGCAGCAAGAACAAGGAACUAGACGAUUAUUACGCCCGCACCAGCAAGAAAUUCAUACUGCUCAAUAGAGAGGAGACAGAGUGCAAUCGCCUGGGUGUGCAUCCCUCAAUGUGCUUCAGCUUCAAGAUCGACGACGCCGAUGCCGACGGUUUCGAUGUAAGCACCGCUGUGCUGUGGCUCUUCAAGAAUAAGCAGAACCACACCGCCAGCCCCAUCGAUGGUCCGCUGUCGAACAACACCAAGAAGCAGCAGACGAUUGUGGUUUCCGAAGUGGAGGAGCAGAUGGACUCCAAAUAUUUGCCGCUGGCCAAAGCCAUAGCCAUUCAGUCGGUGGAUGUCCAAGAUGAGUGGAUGAAGAUCGACAUCGAGUGGCCCAUCAAGCGCUGGAUUGGUAGUCACGAGCUGAGCCACCUGAUCCAGAUCACGUGCGAGUCGUGCGAUAUCAGCGACAUGGAGGAUAUCAUAUCGGUAGACAAGGACUACCGACCGUUCAUAAUGAUCGACACCCAGAACCGGCGCAGCAAGUCGCGGCAAAAGCGUAGUAUUAACUGUUCCAGCGGCGUGACGGAGUGCUGCCGCGAGCAGCUCUACAUAUCCUUCAAGGACAUUGGCUGGAGCAACUGGAUCCUGCAGCCGGAGGGCUAUCACGCCUACUUCUGCCGCGGCUCCUGCAGCUCCCUGGCGAGCGUCACACAAGCUGCCUCCCACCACAGCUCAUUGUUGAAAAUCCUUAACACAAAUGGUACAAACAAGUCCCUGGAGCUGGUGCCCUGCUGCACCGCCAAACAGUAUUCCUCGCUGCAGCUGGUUGUUAUGGACUCGAGCAAUACGGCCACUCUGAAGACUCUUCCAAAUAUGGUGGUGGAGUCAUGCGGCUGCAGAUAGUCUCCCCCAUGCCGCCAUGCGCCAUGCCCAUGCUCCAGGCUAUGCCCCGCUGGCAUCCAGCUGGCAAUCAACCAAGCUACACAUCGACAAAUUAGACAUUACUCUCGCUCCAUUUCCACUCAGUUAGCAGUUAGCAGCUAGCGCUCCACUCCAUUUCUCUUCAAUUAAUUUAAACUCAUUUUCAAUGCAUUUUCAUUAGCGUUAGCCAAUCGUUAUCCGUAGUUAUUGUUAGUGCCCAUACUGCCAUUAGUUUUAGUCGCAUUUAGUAGCAGUCUUUAAAGAUAUUGUAAUGUAAAGCUCAAGUCAAUGUACUUAAGCACUCGAAGUAUGACGAACUCUACUUUAGUUUAGUUAGGAAAUGGCUCCAAUUAAUUACCAGACAUAAAUAAGUUCGUGCCUAUUUUAUUUUUAAUUGUCGCUUUGUUUAAGAUUAUGUUCGUUGUUUAAGUAGUGUGUAUUAAGUGAUUGCGAAAAAACACAUUCAAAAAGUGGAAAAAUAA